CAUGAUUUGUUGGGCCCUCAGCGCAUUGCCUGGAAGAGCCCACUCAUCCUGGAAGAACCUUCAGUAGCCUCAGACCGUGCUUGAGGAGGAUGAACGAGGCAGUAUGGGCCAUGCUCUGUGUGUCUGCUCUCGGGGAACUAUCAUCAUUGACAAUAAGCGCUACCUCUUCAUCCAGAGACUUGGGGAGGGUGGGUUCAGCUAUGUGGACCUAGUGGAGGGGUUACAUGAUGGACACUUCUACGCCCUGAAGCGAAUUCUGUGUCACGAGCAGCAGGAUCGAGAGGAGGCCCAGCGAGAAGCAGACAUGCAUCGCCUCUUUCAUCACCCCAACAUCCUGCGCCUCGUGGCUUACAGUAUGAAGGAGCGGGGCCCGAAGCAUGAGGCUUGGUUGCUGCUACCCUUCUUCAAGAGAGGUACGCUGUGGAAUGAGAUAGAAAGGCUGAAGGACAGAGGCAGUUUCUUGGCUGAGGACCAAAUCCUGCUGUUGCUGCUGGGUAUCUGCAGAGGUCUUGAGGCCAUUCAUGCCAAAGGUUAUGCCCACAGAGACCUGAAGCCUACCAAUAUCUUGCUUGGAGAUGAGGGGCAGCCCAUUUUAAUGGACCUGGGUUCCAUGAAUCAAGCAUGCAUUCAUGUGGAGGGUUCCCGUCAGGCCUUGGCCCUGCAGGACUGGGCAGCCCAGCGAUGCACCAUCUCCUACCGGGCCCCAGAGCUCUUCUCUGUGCAGAGCCACUGUGUCAUUGAUGAGCGUACCGACGUCUGGUCCCUAGGCUGUGUGCUGUAUGCCAUGAUGUUUGGUGAAGGCCCUUAUGACAUGGUGUUCCAGAAAGGUGACAGUGUGGCCCUUGCUGUGCAGAACCAACUCAGCAUCCCACAAAGCUCCAGGCAUUCUUCAGCCCUGCGGCAGCUGCUGGUUUCCAUGACAACUGUGGACCCCCAGCAGCGUCCUCACCUUCCUGCCCUCCUCACUCAGGUCGAGGCACUGCAGCCCCUUCCUCCUGGUCAGCACACUACCCAGAUCUGAAGAAACCAG